AUGAAUGUAUCAGCACUGUUGGUCAGUCUUGGUGGAACACUUAUGACAGCAUACGAAAUCUAUUUAUCCAGUAGACCAUUGGAUCGACCCUGUGACCUCUUGAUACCAUAUAACGAUUGCUUCAUCAUUCGUGCACCUCUAAUUUUGGGUUCUCUCAAUAUUCAUACAUCUAUAUUAGCCUUUUCCAUUGAACGAUUGUUUGCUACCAUAAA